AUGGCCCCCUCUAUUGCGACUGAAUUGAGGACCAGCAUGGCGGCGCCACGGGCAAAAUUGCCACUCGAUGUCAUUGUCGUCGGAGCUGGCAUUGGCGGCAUGGCUGCGGCCCUGACGCUGGGGUUGCGAGGGCAUCGUGUGGUAAUCUUGGAAGCCGCGCCGAAGCUCAUGGAAGUGGGAGCCGGGAUUCAGGUCUCGCCAAAUAUGCUGCGCCUUUUUGACCGAUGGGGCGUCUCGGACCUGAUCCACGCCCAGGAUGUGGCAUUGGAGCACAUCCACGUACGUCGGUGGCAAGACGGGAGCCUCCUAGGCACAAUGCCAGUGAACAAGAGCUUCGGGCAGCAAGUGGUCGUGCACCGCGCAGACCUGCACAACGCCCUAAUCGCCAAAGCGUUAGAACUCGACAACGUGACGCUGCGCGAAAACUCCCUGGUCACAGAUGUGCAAUUCAGUCCUGCCACCGUGACACUAUCCAGCGGGAAAACCUUCCGCGGCGACGUGAUCAUCGGCGCAGACGGAAUCAAGUCGACCGUCCGCGAGCACCUGCUCCAGGACUCAUCGAUCAAAGCAAUUGCCACCGGCGACGCAGCGUACCGGAUUAUCCUGCCGCGCAGCAUUAUGGAAAAGGAUCCGGAGCUGAAGACGCUCAUUGACGAGCCGCAGGCGACGAGGUGGGUGGGGCCUGGACGCCACAUUAUCGCGUACCCGGUGCGCAAGCAUGAGCUGUACAACGUGGUGCUGCUUCAUCCAGAUAGACAGGAAGUUGAGGAGUCGUGGACGACCAAGGGGUCGAAGCAGGCGAUGGUUGAUAAUUACGACGGGUGGGAUUCCAAAGUAAGGAAGCUCAUUGACUUGGUGCAUGAUGAUGAAGUGCUUGAGUGGAAACUGUGUCUGCAUCGCCCGCUGAGGACAUGGAUUCGGGGGCCUGUGGCUUUGCUUGGUGAUGCAUGCCAUCCAAUGCUGCCGUACGUCGCACAGGGCGCCGCGCAAGCAGUCGAAGAUGCCGCCGCGCUCGGCGUUGUAUUGUCGUCUAUCAUAUCCCACGAAGACAUUCCGCAGGCUUUGAAAGUAUAUGAGAAGUCACGAAAGCAGCGCGCAGAGACUGUGCAGCAAUCAGGCUCUGAAAACCGGAUCACAUUACAUCUGCCCGAUGGCCCAGAACAGCAGGCGCGCGAUGAGCAAUUCCGCGCGUCUGCCAGCGGGACAAACCCGGAUAAGUGGUCGGAUCGGGAGACCCAGGAAUUCUUGUGGGGUUGGGAUGCUGAGAAAGCGGCUUUGGAUGCUUGGGAGGAAAUGCAAGACGACGUCAAGGUUAACGCCAAUUUGUGA